AUGCGGAGAUUUCAAGAGGAAUUGGAGGAUAUAGUUGAUACCGGGCGUGAACUCUUUUCUAUGAUCGAGAUGGUUCUUGAUUUCGAAGAAUUUGAUCAGAUUUUGCAAUAUUGCGAUGCCCCAAUCAGAAGAACAGCACUUGAAAAUAGACGACAGGCCGAGGGUGAUUUGAGUGAUGACUAUAUGGACUACGUGAAAGCGUCUUUUGAUUUUGAUCUCUAG